AUGUUCCGUGCUGUGUCUGGCGUAAUCCUUCGCCCAUCCUUCCACCGGAUGAUGAGGUCUGCCGUCUUGUCGAAAACCGCCCAACGCCAUUGUUGUGGUAUUGAGGGGGAAUGGGUGAACCAGCAUACAUCGAAAGUGUGCCUAAGGACAGAGGAAGGCACUUUGAGGGGCGAGUAUAUCACAGCUGUGGCUGAAGAUGAUUAUGGAGGGGUAGUGGAAAAGACUGAGCCCUUAGUUGGGUUUCCACCCCUAAAGGACAGCGGAACCUUCGGUUGGGUUGUCAACUGGCUAUCAGACGACGGGCAAGAAACGAGCACCACCACGUGGACAGGUCAAGGCACUGAGGAGGAAGACAAGUACGUGCUGCAGACUACCUGGAUUCUCCGAUCUGAAGUUAAAAAGGCCGACGAGCGCUGGGAGUCGACCCUUGUUGGAGAAGACACCUUCAUCCGCCCGCCAAAACAGGAUGACUAGAUUUUCAACUGAGAUGAAGUCCACCUGCGUUUUUGUCAUUCAGCUAGCAUAAUCACUUAAAGAUAAAAAGCGCCUAAUAUGAUUUAUACUUACUGAAGCAUUUUACCUACAUGAAAAUGGAGGUAUUGUUUUGGUCUGUGUGUGUUUCCUCA